AAAGCCUGAGUUCUGGAUGCAGGACCUGGUACAAGGGUUCGAAUAUGAAUCGGGGGUGCGGAAGAUGGAGGAAAUGACGUUGGUUUUUCUAGAAAGAGCCCACAGAUGAAGAUGAGGAGGAGGAGGAGGGAGGAAGAGGAGGAGGAGGAGGAAGAGGGAGAUCCAGCCUGGCUAUUUAAAGGAGCAACAGGGAGGAAAAACCCAUAAGAGCACAGUGUCAGCCCCGGAGAGAACCCUGUGGGGUUUAUGGGUAUUUAUAGGGACUGAUUCGGACAGGACGGGAUUUUGAUCAGCCAGUGUUUUAGAGGACACACACACACAAACGCGCGCGCGCACAGAUAAAACAAUGGGGAAGGAUUAUUAUAAAAUCCUGGGCAUUUCGAAAGGAGCUGCUGAGGAGGAUAUUAAGAAGGCAUACAGAAAACAGGCUCUGAAAUGGCAUCCGGAUAAGAACAAGGCUCCCAACGCGGCGGAGAAAUUCAAGGAGGUGGCCGAAGCCUAUGAGGUCCUGAGCGACCCGAAAAAACGCGACAUAUACGACCAGUAUGGAGAAGAAGGUUUAAAAGGUGGAGGCGGAGGUGGAGGAGGAGGAGCGACCGAUGGCCAGGGCAGCACCUUCACGUACACGUUCCACGGCGACCCGCAUGCCACCUUCGCCACCUUCUUUGGUGGCACCAAUCCCUUCGAGAUGUUCUUUGGCCGCAAGGUGAACGGGAGAGACGAUGAGGACAUGGAGGUGGACACCGGGGACCCUUUCGGCUCCUUCACCAGUUUUAACCUGAACGGGUUUCCUCGUGACCGACAGCCUCGGCGCAAGCAGGACCCGGCCAUCCACCACGAACUGCGCGUCUCUCUCGAGGAGGUCUUUCACGGCUGCACCAAGCGCAUGAAGAUCUCGCGACGUCGCCUGAACGCCGAUGGCCGCACCACACGCACCGAGGACAAGAUCCUGUCCAUCGAGAUCAAGCGCGGCUGGAAAGAGGGCACCAAGAUCACGUUUCCCCGUGAGGGCGACGAGUCUCCCGGCUGCAUUCCUGCCGACAUCGUCUUCGUCAUCAAGGACAAGCCGCAUCCACACUUCAGGAGGGAAGGGUCCGACAUCGUCUACCCCGUCCGCAUCAGCCUGCGCCAGUCGUUGUGCGGAUGCUCGGUCACGGUGUCCACGAUAGAUGGGAAAACGUGCAACAUGAAGAUCACGGAGGUCAUCAAACCGGGUAUGAGGAAGACGGUAGCUGGACAGGGGCUUCCCUUUCCCAAGAACCCUGAGCAGAGAGGAGACCUCAUCGUGGAGUUUGACGUGAACUUUCCCGACAGUCUGCCGUCCAACGCCAAGGACGUCCUGAAACGCCAUUUACCCGCUUCAUGAAGGGAAAACCGCAGCAGGACUGUGCCACAACGAUGCCACGUCAUCGUCGUCGAUCUCCCUCCAUCCCCCAACCAGACCCCAGACAAAUCCCCACUACGCCCCAGAGUCAAUGCACAAUUCCAGUUUUUUAAUUCUUUGUUUUGUUUUUUUUACCCCGUAUAAGGUCAUAAACGUGCAAGUGCAAUCUCCAUGUCUGAAAGUAAACGUCAGAUUGGACUCCGAUACUCUGUGUUCUUUACCUUCUUUGAAUGGGGAACGCCGGAGUGGCCGUGAUAAUCAUUUAUUAUAUUUAAUAAUUAUUUUAUUAUAUCUUUUUUUUUAUUAUUAUUAUUAUUAUAUAUACUGAAAUAUACAGCACAUUAUUAUUAUUAUUAUUAUUAUUAUUAUUAUUAUUAUUAUUAUUAUUAUUAUUAUUACUGGCAGUUUCAGUGCAGCCUGAUUUGGAAUUUUUCACGGCUGCUUUCUAACAUUUUAUUUUGGGAAGAAAAAAUAUCUGCACGUAUCCUUGCAAAGCUUACAGAGAAAAAAAACUUGUGCGUUUCUCUUUCCUAUGCUUUAUUUCAAACUCAUAAUUUUUUUUUUUAUGAAUUUCCCGACUUGUAUUCAGUUUGCUAAAGCCUUGAACCGAGAUAUUUAUUUCAGAAAUAAAUUUCGAAACGGUGGAAUGUA